GGCUGGGUACCAGCAUGGCGGCUACACUCCUAGCCCGGGGCGGCGGCGCUGCUGCCCGAGCCCUGACCUUUGGGUGCUUGCGACAGCUGCACACAGUGUACCAGACAGUGGAGUUACCAGAGACCCACCAGAUGCUGCGCCAGACGUGCCGGGACUUUGCUGAGAAGGAACUGGUUCCUAUUGCUGCUCAGCUCGAUAAGGAGCACCGCUUUCCUGCUGAACAGGUGAAGAAGAUGGGGGCCCUUGGGUUGCUGGCCAUGGAUGUGCCAGAGGAGUAUAAAGGGGCAGGGCUUGAUUACCUGGCCUAUUCCAUCGCUGUGGAGGAGAUCAGCAGGGGCUGUGCAUCCACGGGUGUCAUCAUGAGUGUCAAUAAUUCUUUGUAUUUAGGUCCACUACUGAAAUUUGGUUCUGAAGAGCAGAAGCAUCAGUGGAUUGCUCCCUUCACCAGUGGAGACAAAAUAGGAUGCUUUGCCCUCAGUGAACCAGGAAAUGGCAGCGAUGCUGGAGCUGCUUCCACAGUGGCACGGCUGGACGGCAAUGAAUGGGUCCUGAAUGGCACCAAAGCCUGGAUCACCAAUGCCUGGGAUGCCUCUGCUGUUGUGGUGUUUGCCACCACAGACAAAUCCCAGAAACACAAGGGCAUUAGUGCAUUCCUGGUUCCUAUGCCAACACCUGGACUCUCGCUGGGGAAGAAAGAAGACAAACUAGGAAUCCGAGCCUCUUCCACAGCCAAUCUGAUAUUCGAGGACUGCCGGAUCCCCAAGGCCAAUCUGCUGGGGCAGCAGGGGAUGGGCUUCAAAAUUGCUAUGCAAACCUUGGAUUCGGGCAGGAUUGGGAUUGCCUCGCAGGCUCUGGGAAUAGCUCAAGGAGCUCUGGACUGUGCUGUGGAUUACGCUGAGAAGAGGUUGGCCUUUGGUUCUCCCAUUUCUAAGCUGCAGGCUAUUCAGUUCAAGCUGGCAGACAUGGCCCUGGCGUUGGAGGGUGCUCGGCUGCUGACCUGGAGAGCAGCCAUGUUGAAGGACAAUGGGAAACCCUACACAAAGGAAGCUGCAAUGGCCAAGCUAGCUGCAUCGGAGGCUGCAACUGCCAUUUCCCAUCAGGCCAUCCAGAUCCUGGGAGGAAUGGGCUACGUAACAGAAAUGCCAGCGGAACGCCACUACCGGGAUGCUCGAAUCACAGAAAUCUAUGAGGGGACAAGUGAGAUCCAGAGACUAGUGAUAGCAGGGCAGCUGCUGAAGGAAUAUCGUGGGUGAAGAAGAGCAAGCUCAACUUAAGUGCCUUAUAACUACUGCAGAAGUACUUCCAUCCUUUGUCU